AUGAUCGACACAACUGUCUUGGUAAUGCAUCCCACUCUUGAUCCCAGCACUACCAAGUACAAUGAAUCACUUGCUGCAUCAACUCUCCCUGAUCGUAUGCGAGUCAUUAACUUGCCCAGAGUUAAGUUAAUCACAUCUGCUACCAAAGGUCGUAACUGGCUAACUUAUUUGAUUGAAGGCCAAAAACCCCAUGUCAGAGAAUAUGUUUCAAGGAUAAGAACACAAUUCGAGAUGAAUCCGGACUCCCCUCGUCUUGCUGGGUUUGUUUUUGAUACGUUUGCUACUGGCCUGAAAGCUGUGUCUAAUGAAUUUGGAGUUCCGUGGUAUGUUUUUUCUGCUGCAAGUGCAGCUUUUAUUGGUAGCAUGCUGCAUCUUACGGCUCUUCAUGAUGAUCAGGGAGUGGACCUUACGGAGUUCACGAAUUCGGAAGAUGAAUUGGAAAUUCCGAGUUUGGCGAACCCAAUUCCUGCUAAACUUGUGCCUUCCACGGUGUUCGAGAAAUACUCACUCACAACUCUUCUUGUACAUGCUCGGCUAUUGACUGAGGCUAAGGGCAUAUUGAUAAAUACAUUUUUGGAGUUGGAAUCUUACGCAGUUAAUUCUAUAUCCGAUGGCAAAACCCCUCCUGUAUACCUGGUUGGUCCCAUUGUGAAACAUACAGGAGAUGGUCCUGAUCCGCUCUCGGAUGAGAGCAACAAUUCUAGGGACAUCAUGGGAUGGCUUGAUGAUCAACCUCCGUCAUCGGUUAUGUUUUUAUGCUUUGGAAGUUGGGGAAGUUUUAAAGAGAACCAG